AAUUGUUUACAGACACCCUGUAUAGUUUAUGAAAAAUUUUAAAAUUUUCAUUACUCCAUACUGAUCACUGUAAUUUUCUUCAUACUAUUCUUGUCAGCUUUUCUACAAAAUUUCAAUCAAAAAUUCUUAUUUUCAGUUCUGGCAGUGCAAUUCUCUCCGUUCAUCCCUUAUGCAUGUAUCUAUCAUCGAGAUUAUCCACGUCUUUUCUUCAUAAUCUUCUUGCCCAGCUGGAGUUCCAUCGUUCUCUCAAACUGCGUUUCGUCAAUGGUGUGGCUCCUUCAAGAAAGGCUCAAAUUGAUAAAUUCCCUACUACAAAAGAUAGUGGACGAAAACCCAAACGGCGUCAGUUUCAUCGAGAACAAGAAGCAGGAAAAAAACUUGAAAAUUCUGUGCAGGGUUUGCUCUUGGCAUCACGAUAUUAUCAAGCUUAUCGCCUUGACCAACGAAACUUUCGGACUGAAAACUGUGGUGUUCUUCGGUUUUGCCUUCAUGGUGAUCGUGAUGCAGGUCUUCCUGUCCUGUCAAUUGUUCAAGAGGGAAAUCCAAUGGAAAUUCCUUUUGGAAUACUUGUUAGCAGUAGCAAGUUAUUCGUACACCGUGUAUAAAAUCUGCAACAUCUGUGAAUACACCGUUAGGGAGGCAAAACGAUCUGGUUUGCUCAUUCAUCAGAUAGAAACUGAGGAUUUUGAUAUGAGGGACGAAAUCGAGAUGUUUUCGUUGCAAAUAGCCAACGAAAAUAUAGAAUUCAGCUCCGGUGGAUUUUUCCCGAUUGAUUACAGUCUUCUCUUCUCGAUUAUUGGAGGUGUAACAACGUACAUAAUAAUAUUGAUACAGCUCGACAGUUCCGAUCCGGAGCAUACAGUUGACGGAAACACGACUGCUAUCUCUUCGAUUUCACUAUUUUCUACUCCCUCUUACUAGAGUAUUAU